AUGUGCUUCUCCUUCUUCAAAGCCCUCAGGGGUAAUCAUUGCUUUGAAUGGAAUGAGGAGUGUGAGAAAACUUUUCAGGAGCCCAAACAGAUAUUGGAAUCUCCCCCUAUCCUCACCAAACCCGAGCCCGGAGAAACUCUGUAUUUGUACUUAGCCGUAUCUCAGAAUGCAGUGAGUGGUGUCUUGGUGAAAGAGGUUAACAGGGGCCAGCAACCCAUUUAUUACCCUCUAAAAAAUAUUCUUCAGAAACCAGACGUCUCAGGAAGAUUACUGAGGUGGGAAAUUGAACUCAAAGAAUUUGACAUAGAGUUCAAGCCCCGACCAUCUAUCAAAGCUCAGGCCAUAGCUGACUUCAUUGCAGAACUCACCCCAAGGCCUUGGGGGCCAGAUAGUAGCUCGAGCUCGAGCAUAUCUAUGUGGGAAAUUUUCGUAGAUGGAGCAUCAAACUCCUCGGGCUUGGGCGCAGGAGUCAUAAUCAUAAGCCCGAACAUGCUCAUAAACAUUCAGUGUGCACUAAGGUUCGAAUUUGAGGCGACCAAUAAUGAAGCAGAGUAUGAGGCCGUCAUCAUAGCCAUGGAACUCGCCAUAAAUCUCGAGCUUGAAAUUAUCAAAAUUUAUAGUGAUUCCCAGUUGGUGGUUGAACAAAUCAAAGGGACGUUCAAUAGAAAGGAUGAGAAGAUGAGCUUAUACUGCUUGAAAGUGCAUGCUCUCUACAGAAAGUUCAAGAGUUAUGAAAUUGUAAAAAAUUCUCGGGCUGAGAAUUGUAGGGCCGAUGCCUUGUCAAGAUUGGUGUUUAUGGAAAUAGAUGGGCUUGACAGGACAGUCCACGUCAGAAUUGUAACCGAGCCAAGCAUCAAUCAGACCAUAGGCGUUAUGGAUAUUGAUAAUGAGCCAUCAUGGAUGGACCCAAUAGUGGACUUCAUAAAACAUGGCCGCCUUCCAGAAGAUCCUCGGGCAGCGAGAAGCAUCCAGUCCAAAGCUCCGAGAUGCCUUAGGCCUUUCGAAUCAUCCCAGGCCCUAGAAGAAGUUCAUGAAGGUGUAUGUGGGAACCAUCAAGGAGCUUGGGCAUUAGCCUUCAAGCUCAUAAGGUAUGGAUAUUAUUGGCCAACCAUGAAGAAAGACGCCAAGGAAUAUGUCAAGAAGUGCAACAAGUGCCAAAGAUUUGGCAAUGUCAUCCACCCUCCCGCAGAAGACCUCAAUAGCAUUAGUUGCACAGCCCCAUUUAAGCAGUGGGGAAUUGACAUCCUUGGUCCCUUUCCAAUAAGUAGGGGAAAAUUGAAGUUUGUGGCUGUGGCUGUGGCUGUAGAGUAUUUCACUAAGUGGGUAGAGGUCGAGCCUUUAGCAACAAUUUCAGAGCCGAAGUUAAGAAGUUUCAUUUGGAGAUCCAUCAUAUGCAAGUUCGGGAUACCGAAAGUCCUCAUAACUGAUAAUGGCAGGUAG